CUGAAACUAUUUGGCUGCGCGGGUUUGCACAGAUUUUGGCCUGAAUCUUUGAUUCAGUAGGUGUUUAUCACCAUUUAUCCUCUUCGUUCACCCAUUUGCUUGUCUAGUUGUUGUGUAAUCACAACACUUGGAUGCUCGGUACAUGUGAAGCUUACAAGCCUCUGCAACCCUAACCUCGUAAGCGUUGGCCAUGUUAUCGCGCCGUUCAAUUUUGUGCCAACUCAUAACUCACACAAACUCGGAUAAUGGAAUUUCUCUAGGUGUGGUUCCACAAGUGUAGUAGCCAGGUCCGGUAUUCAAAACCGGAUGUGACGAUCCUCAUGUAUCCCAUUGACGGACCAAAUCUGAAUCGUCUUGAUGGGACAUUCUUAACUCGAUAUAAAGAGAAAUAUAAAGAGAAAGAUCAUGGCAGGGAAAUUGCUCCGGCAGAUAAAGAGCCCAACCAAUAAGAUAAGCCACAACACAGUUUAUUCUCAUGCACUGGUAAAAUUCCAAAGCUCAUUUUCAGUACCAGAAGCCUACAGUUUUGUUUCUUGUAACUCAAAAACAACCUCAUAUUCUAAAAAUGAGGGGCUGGAUUUUGAGCUCUUGUUUAAUGGUUAUGAACUCGGAAACCCUUACUUCGUUAACAGAGUUGUAUCAACAUGUGCCAAAUUGGGUGAUCUUUAUUUGGGUAAACAAGUUCAUUCCACCAUUAUUAAGCUUGGAUUCAACUGUAGUGUAUUUAUUGGGAGUGCUCUCGUUGAUAUGUACUGCAAAUGUGGUAAGAUUAUAGAUGCACGCCAACUGUUUUAUGAAAUGCCUGAAAAAAAUGUUGUCACUUGGAAUUCCUUAUUCUCUGGUUACUGUCACAUGCGAUUCUACGAUUCUGCAGUUGAGUUGUUCACCAAGAUGCGUAAAGCUGGUUUUUAUCCAACCCCAUCUACGAUUUCUACCAUUCUUGGGUUGUGCUCGCAGUCGGAUUUAGGGGAGCUUGGGGUUCAGGUACAUGGCCUUGGUAUUAAAACUGGGAAUUGUUCCAAUGUUGUUGCUGGGACGACCUUGAUCGAUAUGUAUGCGAAAUGUUUUAGUGUUGAAGAAUCUAGAAAGGUUUUUGAUCAAAUGCCUGAAAAAAAUGUGAUUACAUGGUCAUCUAUGGUGUCUGUUUAUGCACAGAGUCAUCAACCGGAUGAAGCAAUAUUUAUAGCGAAGAAAAUGCGGUCUAUGGGCGUUAAGUUGAACGAGGUAACUUAUAAUAGUUUAUUGAGUUCGUUUUCUAGUCCGAAGUAUUUGUAUUCAGGCAAGCAAGUUCAUGGCCAGGUAGUUAAAGAAGGUCUAGAGUCGAACAAAUAUUUGGUGGCUACUCUGUUGACCAUGUACUCUGAAUGUGAAAGCUCAGAGGACUUCUAUAAGAUGUGCCCAACAAUUUCAAUGGACGAUCAAAUCAGUUGGAAUUCAGUCAUUGCUGGAUUUUCUCGUCUAGGGAAUGGUAAUGAAGUCCUCGACUGGUUCAUUAGAAUGAGGCAAGCAUGUAUACCUAUUGACUUCUUUACAUUCGCAAAUGUGCUCAGAGCAACUGGUAUUCUCUCUGCUUUAAGUGAAGGUAAGCAAAUCCAUGCUUUGAUUUACAAAACCGGGUAUGCUUCCGAUGUUUAUGUCCAGAAUGCUCUGAUUUCAAUGUAUUCCAGAUGUGGUGCAAUCACUGAUUCCAAACAAGUAUUUUCCUCAAUCAAAGAACCGGAUGUGGUUUCGUGGAAUUCUCUGAUAUCAGGAUAUUCUCAGAAUGGCUAUGGUGAGGAGGCUGUUGAGCUGUUUGAAAAAAUGAGAGGAACAGGGAUUAAACCCAAUCAUACUACCUUCCUUUCUGUGCUUUCUGCUUGUAGCCAUGUUGGUUUUCUUGAAAAGGGGGUGCAAUACUUCAAUUUGAUGAGAAGAGGCGAUUCUAUUGACCACCCAAGUCUAGAACACUACGCUUGCAUGGUUGAUCUUUUUAGUCGAGCAGGUCAUCUCGAAGAGGCGGAAACCUUUGUCAAUAGUAUGCCAAUAGUGCCAGGACCUUCCGUUUACAAAGCUCUUCUUAGUGCUUGCCGGUUUCAUGGAAAUGUGGAUAUUGCUAUGCGUUCAGCAAAAAGCUUACUCGAGUUGUGCCCAAAUGAUCCUGCUACAUAUGUAUUGCUCUCUAGUAUCUUGGCACAAGGAGGUCAUUGGGUUGAUGCGGCUGACGUGCGGAGCCUAAUGCGUGAAAGAGCAGUCGAGAACAACCCUGGGUGUAGUUGGAUUGAGGGAACCUGCUGGGGAGCAACAGAAUCAACGAGAUGUUGGUGAAUGGUGAAAUUUUACAUCAAAUGUACAUAUGCUGAGCUUCACUCUUCCGCUUCUUUGGGUUUGAAAGCGAACAAUACUACCUUGCCUACAGAGAGAUCAAUAUGGAAAUUGUAUCGUUCGGUUGCCUCUCUUGUCAUUAAAUUUACAGGACUUGGAGAGAAGUAAGAGCACCCACGAUCUACCACAUUGUACAUUGGAUCAACCGGUCUUUCUUUCAUGAUGUUAUGACAUUGGGUUAUCGCACUCUGUACCAUAUGUCAUGUCAGAAAUGU